AUGUCUGUACAAGAAACUGAAAGAGAGGUCAUUUUGACACAUCCAACUAAUAAAGCCACUGCUGUCAAGAUUCUUAAAUAUGGUGCCACUGUAUAUUCCUGGACAUUGGAUGGUCAAGAACAAUUAUGGUUAUCUACUGCUGCUCACAUGGAUGGUUCCAAGCCAGUUAGAGGUGGUAUCCCAUUAGUUUUCCCAGUCUUCGGUAAAAAUGAAACCGAUGAAUUGUUGAGUAAACUACCACAACAUGGUCUAGCCAGAAACUCAACUUGGGAAUUCUUAGGUCAGACAAAAAGUAACCCACCAACUGUUCAAUUUGGUUUGAAUAAAAACAUUGCAAAUGAAGAAAUGACUAAAUUAUGGGGCGAAGAAUUUAAUUUAAUUUUAACAAUUGAAUUAGGUGCUGAUUUCCUAAAGACUGCAAUUGAGGUGGAAAACCCAUCUACUUCAAAGGAUCUGAAAUUCAAUUGGUUGUUCCACACUUACUUGAGAAUCCCAGAUAUUGAAGAUACUAUGGUUUCUAACCUUGUCGGUAUGAAAGUUCACGAUAAAUUAUUACAUGAAGCGUUUAUUGACAAACACCCAGUUAUUCAAUUUCAUCAAGAAACAGAUGUCGUUUACGAAAAGGUCACUGAUGAACGUGUAGUUCAAGUUGUUAGACAAGGACACCCUCUACAUACUGUCAAGAGAGACAACUUACCUGAUGUUGUUGUUUGGAACCCAUGGACCGAGAAAUCAGGUGGUAUGGCCGAUUUCGAACCAAAAUCUGGUUUCAAGGAAAUGGUUUGUAUCGAACCUGGUUAUGUCACUGAUUUUGUUACUUUACAACCAGGUAAGAAAUGGAAUGCUUCCCAAAUCUUAUCUAAGGAUAAAUUAAAGUACCAAGCAAUUCAAUAG